AUGAAGCGCGCGCGGAGUGUCACGGGGCCGCUACGGCGUGCCCACCCCGCCUCGGGAGCCACCUGGAACGUCCAGGUGGUCCGCGGGAAAAUGAGUUCGCAGUGCCUGUGGCAUGCAUGUCGCGCGCUUUCUGCAGGCUUGUUGCUAAUGGUACUCGGCGCCGCCAUGGCAGUCAUAGGAUACUAUGCGGAUACACUAUCAGUGGCGCAGGAAAUACGGGGAAAUGCUACAGUGUCGGUGAAGGACGAGGCCCGCGGAUUCCACUUGAACAACUUAUCAUACGCCGGACCUAUUGUCAUGGGAUUUGGAGGUUUUAUAGUAGUUGCUGCGUGCGUUAUGACAUUCGAAGCAAGGGACAGUGCCGCCAAGGUAACACCAGCACGGCCACAAGCAUUACCAAGGCCUAUACCUCGCCGUGGGCCCGUCUGUGCCCCUGCGCGCCUGGAUCAGCUCGGUGUCUACCGCCUGCCACACGCAUUGCCGCUACCACUACCCCAUGCAUUGCCGCUACCUCCUACACACAGAACGCGUCCUGUGUAUCCUUGCUCGAGAGCGAGUGAAAAAACCAAGGAGCGAGCACGUUUCGGCUCAGCGCCAGAUCUGCGUAGCGGCAACGCGCGACCGACUCUACCGGUGAGCGCGCUACGAAGGCCGCUACGCCGCUACGCGCUUUCCGUAGACGAGCCGCCGCAAUCAGCAGUAAGUGCAAGUGCAGUUGAAUCGGAAUGUGGCUCACAAUCAUCUUUAGCGCUUGACCUGCAUGGAAGUGGUGCAUGUGCAGGAGUGACUCUGCGCGUUCGUGAUAAUACGCGGCGCCGUCCGCUGGCCAGACAGCAGCGCCUGUGGGAAGACACAUUACUUCCGAUCUCUGGUGAAAAUGUUAGCAACAUAAACAGUGUUGAAGAGUCAACAUCGAGAACAAACGACGCUGAAAUUAGCACGGAAACUGUGGAAAUGGUUCACCUGUCAGUCGAACAAGGAAUUCGCUCGAGUAGUGCCCCGCCGCCUAUACGAAGUUCUUCGCCUCUAUCGCCACACGAGGAAGUGUCUGUACCACUUUCCCCUUUGCCGUCCGCCACAGAAACUUGUAUAGUAAUUGAUGAACCUGCAAACCCAAUAUCAGAAGAUUCAAAAUCCGAAAAAUGA